AUAUUUUUGUUGAAGAGACUUAUGUAAAACAAACAAUCGUUAUCCAUGAAAAUAUAUUCUGUUAAGGAGUUUUUAAUUCAAAGAAAUCAAAACAUUAUACCAGGUGGAAUGAAACGUGUAGUCCGUGGAAUAUGCAAGCAAACAUAAAAGAACACCGGAAGCUUUGCUUAACAGUUUAAUCACCGGUGGGUUCUUGGAGAAAGAUCUAGAAAUAAAACAAAACACAACAAGAUUGGAAUUGAUAGCACAAGCUCUUUCUUCAGCGAAAAAAAAAGAAAUCGAAGAAGCUUCUUUGAAACAGAAAGUAGAAAAACCACCACAGGAUCGAGUUCUCUAUGCUCGCCAAAAGACCGGAAAAGCUCCCGUCACUGGUGGAACUCCCAUUUCGGAAGAAACAGCAAUUAGCUUGCGGACGGUUGUUUUCGGUACAGCUUCUGCGCCGUUGAGGACCGAAUGGACGAGGACAGGACUAGGAGUCGGAUCUGACAGCGACUACCAGCUGAGAGGUCCCAGGAACACAACCAGGGGGUUGCUCACAGUUCUCCAGGCGGAACUCAUCAAGUUCUUGCUCUUUGACAGAUCCAACCCAAAGGGAGAGCCUCCAGACAAACUUCUGAAUGCUACGCAUUCAAGACUUCAGGAGGGGCUACUCCAUGCUAUUUGCACGAUUAUUUGGAGAGCAGCUGAGAAGACUUCUGCAGUUCUAUGUCUACCACAAGAAAAAAUCUAUCUAUAUCAAUCUAUGGAAUAUUUUCAAGAUGGUAUAACAGAAAAGUUACAUACAUUCGAAGUAAAGAACUAUGAUGAUCUGGAGAUAAUGGUGAAAAGAUAUGCCCACUUGUUUUUAGAAGAUCCUGGGCCAGGGGCAUUGCUACUUCUUUACACUUGCAUCUUGUCUCGGGGAGCACAGAAGAUUAUGACAGACAUGGACGGAACGCGAGCAAUGCUGCUUGGCCCAGAAGACGAAGGUUCUCUGUGCGUGGUAACGCUGAUGCUGACUGGGAGAGCCACUCCGUACCUUCACAAUGGAGUCAUAUACGUCGGUGAUGAGGACCACUAUGCGGUUCCAAGAUUCGGAAUUCUGAGCCGAAACGAGAUUGGACUUCUUGUUCACUGUGAUAGCUUGCAAGAAGACAUCGAAUCCAAUGUGCCAGGGUCGCGUCUCAAAACACCUUCCCUUCCCGUCUGGGUUAUCUUCUUGAGCGGCCAUUUCGGAGUAAUGUACAACACCAACAGGGAGCUUCUCCAUAAUUAUCAUGCCGAAAGAAGGUGGCCCGAUGCUCAAGUUUUUUGGAACAACGCAACUGCGAAAGCAAGUUAA